AUGUUCAUCUUUCGGAAGAGAAAAGCAGUAGGGGAAAGUGGUGAGAAUCCUGUUGUCAACUGUUUAAUUGACGAUGAAUUUGAAAAGGGAACUGGCCCGAGGAAGUUUUCGUACAGGGAGUUAGCUCGAGCAACGAGUAAUUUUCAUGAGGGGGAGAAGCUGGGAGAGGGAGGAUUUGGAGGGGUUUACAGAGGCUUUAUAAAAGACUUGAACUCAUAUGUUGCAAUUAAGAGGAUAUCCAAUGGAUCUAAGCAAGGUUUGAAGGAGUAUGCAUCAGAAGUAAGAAUUAUCAGUAGACUUAGGCAUCGGAAUUUGGUGCAACUCAUUGGUUGGUGCCAUGAAAAAAGAGAACUACUACUCGUCUACGAGUUCAUGCCCAACAGCAGUUUGGAGGAUGCAGCUGUCCAGUGCAUUGUUGUUGGCUAUGACAAACGUGAAAAGGGGUAUAGAGUGUACAAUUUGCAAACCAACAAGGUCACUACAUCUAGAAGUGUGAUCUUUGAUGAGAACUCAUUAUGGGAUUGGGACAAGCAAACUGUUGAUUCUAUCACAGUUUCAAUGGAGUUUGAAGACACUCUCAAAGGCUUUGAAGAGGAAUAUGAAGAACCAAUGAUUGACAACAUCUCCAGCCCCAUUCAGGUGACUACAGCAGCUGCUAAUGCUGAUUCACCAAGUGAUUCUCCAAGUUCUACACAUGUGAAGCUUAGAGACAUCACUGAGAUCUAUGCUAGAUGCAAUAUGAGCAUCAUUGAGCCAAAGAAUUUUGCAGAAGCUUCAAAGGAUAAAGCUUGGCAAAAGGCGAUGGAGAUAGAAAUGGAGAUGAUUGAGAAGAAUGAGACUUGGGAACUAGUUGAUAGACCAAGUGAUAAACCUGUAAUUGGUGUGAAAUGGGUUUAUAAGACCAAAUUGAACCUUGAUGGCUCAAUACAGAAGCAUAAAGCUAGGCUGGUGGUCAAAGGCUAUGCACAAAAGCCAGGAAUUGACUUCAAUGAGACUUUUGCUCCUGUGGCCAGACUUGACACAAUUAGAACUCAUAUAGCCUUGGCAGCUCAAAAGGGGUGGAAACUAUACCAGCUAGAUGUCAAGUCUGCAUUCCUAAAUGGUGUGCUCAAGGAGGAAGUUUAUGUAGAUCAACUGGAUGGAUUUGUGACUACAAACUAUGAAGAUAAGAUGUACAAAUUGAAGAAAGCCUUGUAUGGUUUAAAACAGGCUCCAAGAGCCUUGUAUGAGGAAAUCAAUGCCUAUCUUAUUAGCUGUGGAUAUGUCAGAAGCACGAGUGAAGCCACAUUGUACUGCAAGACUAAGGAAGACUCAGAAACUCUAAUUGUCUCAAUUUAUGUUGAUGACAUUGUGUAUACAGGAAGCAGUGGGGAAUUGAUUGCAGAGUUCAAACUGAAAUGA